AUGGAGAUGAUUGCUGCUAACAUCUGCCGUGUUUUGCCAUUGCUAGUGUUGUUGAUCCUCCUCAACACCACCUCUCAAUUGAUCACUGUGUCCGUGGCGCAAUGGGUCCCCGCGACUGCCACAUUCUAUGGAGGCAGCGACGCCUCGGGGACUAUGGCUGGAGCAGUACUAGAGAUUCAACAUAACAUAUUGCACUUCAUCCUGCCGUCGGGGAAAUUCUGUUCGAAACUAAACAACCAUGCUAUAUGGAAUAUCACAUGCGACCGGAGCAAGUCGCAGUGGUGCAAGCCGGGCACCUACGUCACCGUCACCACCACCAACUUCUGCCCCCCUAACUACAACCUCCCCUCCAACAACGAUGGCUGGUGCAAUCCCCCUGGCCAGCACUUCGACAUGUCCCAGCCCGCAUGGGAGUCCAUCGCCAUCUACCGCGGCAGAAUCGUCCCCGUCUUCUACCGCAGGGUUCUGUGCCAGAGGAACGGCGGGGUGAGGUUCACGAUCAACAGGAACGACUAUUUUGAUCUGGUGCUGAUCACCAGUGUCGGAGGGAGCGGCGUGCUGUCUGCGGUGUGGAUCAAAGGGUCGGGGACAGGGUGGAUACAGAUGAACAGGAACUGGGGCCAGAACUGGCAAAGCAAUGCAUACCUCAGGCGCCAGAGCCUCUCCUUCCGGGUGCAGACUGCCGACGGCCGCGUCCUCACCGCCUACGACAUUGCCCCCUCGUACUGGGGCUUCGGCAACACAUACACCACCAACCUCCAGUUCUAG